CAAAUAUCUCUAUACCAUAUUGGGGUGAACAGUAUUUUAUUCACAAAAAUUCUAUUUUCUCUCUCAUCAAAGAUGGAAAAUCCCGGCCAAUCAACGCCGCCGCCGGCGAUGGUGAAGUUGAAACCAAUCGAAGCAACACCGGAGACGUUCAAAGAGUUCGGUCAGGUGAUCGAGGCGUCGCCGGACGGUGAAGAGUUCGGUCCUCAGGACGCUCAAUUGGACCUCAGUCGAGGAAUCCCAAGGUUCUACAUUAUGCAUCUUGAAGAACGACCACUCAAGUUUUCUACAAUUACACAUCAUGCAAGUGUCACUCAGUGCCUUGGUUCAAUUGGUGGCAAUGUUUGGUAUAUUGGGGUUGCUAAGCCCUCCAUCGUUGAUUCAAGUGAAAUUAAGGCCGAUAAGGGCUUGAAUAUUGUGCAAUCACACUGCGGUCAUUUCUAUGUGCCACCUGCUGUUGAUGAUGUGCGUGUUUUCAGAAUUGCAGGUCCAAAGUUUUUGAAGUUGAAUCGUGGUACGUGGCAUGCUGGGCCUUUGUUUAAAGCAGAUGUGAUGGACUUCUAUAAUUUAGAACUCAGCAAUACUAAUGACAAAAGUGCUCCUUUUUUAGAAUAAUACAUAUAGAUGUGGAACACACUGGAUAAGUAUCUAGGUUGUUUUAACCUACAGGGAAUUAUGAUUUAGUGGCAGUCUAGCCACAGAAACCAUGACACAUACGGAGAGGAGGUCAUUUCCCUCAAAUAAUUCAAAGCUACAAGUAAAAUGAUAUUUGGUUUUGAAUUAUUUGAGGGAAAUAGUUAUUUCCCAUUUGGGUUGUGAGAGGCGCACACAAUUCAUUUCGGCACCUCCAUGACAUUGAAAAAAUAGAAGAGCAAGCUAAACGAAAAGCUUGAAGCGUGAUGAUUCAGAGGGCCUUAAUCGUAAAAAUUUUCUGAAUUUGUUCUCUUUGUGCAAUUUGCUUGAACUUUUUUCCACUGCUAA